AUGAGCCGCGCGUUCCCCCGUCACGUCGGCAUUGCGCACACGCGGUGGGCCACUCACGGCGCGCCGUCCCCGCGCAACUCGCAUCCUCAGUCGUCCGGUCCGAGCCACGACUUUCUGGUGGUGCACAACGGGAUUAUCACCAACUACAAGGCACUGAAGGGCACCCUCCAGAAGCACGGCUUCACGUUCGAGUCGGAGACAGACACCGAGGUGAUCCCGAAGCUCGCCAAAUUCGUGUACGACAAUCUGCUGCAGUCGGAAGGGGGGCAUGGCGGCGAGGGCAUGACCAACGGCGUCUCGGGCAUGGCCAAUGGCGUCUCGAGCAAGACAGUCAACGGUGCCACAGGUGGUGAGCGAGUGGCGUUCACGCAGGUGGUGAUGGAGGUGAUGCGGCAACUAGAAGGCGCCUACGCGCUGCUCUUCAAGAGCCCGCACUUCCCCAACCAGCUCGUCGCCUGCAAGCGCGGCAGCCCGCUCCUCCUGGGAGUCAAAGUCCCCUCCGACGGCCGCAAAUCCGCGUUUGAUAUAGUGGGCGCGGAGGAGCCGGGUGGGAUGAUGCGAGGAGGAGUCGUGGCGACUGGACCGAGAGAGCUGUUUCUAGCGAGCGAUGCGAGCGCGGUGGUAGAGCACACGAAGAAAGUGAUGGUUAUAGAGGAUAACGAGGUGGUGCAUAUCAGGGACGGGGUCGUUUCGCUGUUCUCGUUCGAGCCGGAUAAGGCCAAGCGCGGUUUACCCCCCACGACGGCGCUGCAGCGGGCGCUCUCGACGCUCGAGAUGGAGGUGGAGCAGAUCAUGAAGGGCAGUUAUGAUCAUUUCAUGCAGAAGGAGAUUCACGAGCAGCCUGAGUCGCUCACCAUGACGCUGAGGGGAAGGCUGAUUCACGGCAAGGCGGAUUCACUUUCGCCUACUGCGUCCAAUGCAUGCAGCUCCCUUCCGCCCUCUGCCUCCGCAGCAGCAGCGGUAGCAGCGGCAGCUGUAACUGCUGGUGACUCUACUGCUGCGGCUGCCGCUGCUGGUUCGAAUGGAAGCAGCCCAGUAGCUUCAACCGCAGCAGCACCAGGAGGAGCAGGUGCAGUCUCCAGCCUGCCGCCCCUCUCCCCUCUUUCCAAACUCUCCCCUGUCAGCCGCGUAGGCUCCUCAGCGCCUUGGUCAGAGGAGAAAGGGGUGCUACUAGGCGGUCUCAAGGACCAUCUCCUCACCAUCCGCCGCAGCAGGCGCAUCAUUUUCGUCGGCUGCGGCACCAGUUACCACGCAGCACUCGCCGUGCGCCCUCUGUUAGAAGAGCUUUCCGGGGUGGCGGUUCAGCUGGAGCUGGCGAGUGAUAUGCUAGACAGAAACGCGCCGGUUUAUAGAGAGGAUACGGCGGUGUUUAUGAGCCAGUCGGGGGAGACGGCGGACACGCUUUCGGCGCUGGAGUAUGCGCGGGCGAGGGGGGCGCUGUGUGUGGGCGUGACUAACACUGUUGGCAGCGCUAUUGCCCGCCGCACGCACUGUGGAGUGUUUAUCAACGCUGGCGCUGAAAUAGGCGUUGCCAGCACCAAGGCAUACACGAGUCAGAUCGCGGUGCUGGUGCUGAUGGCUCUUGCGAUUGGCGAGGACAGCAUCUCCUCAAAAGAGCGAAGAGAGCGGAUCAUAGACAGCCUCGUUGACCUGCCCAGGAAAGUGCGCCAAGUACUGAGGCUAGACUCUGAGAUCCAGCAGCUAGCCCGGGAGCUGUCAGGCGAGCAGAGCUUGUUGGUCUUCGGGCGCGGGUACAACUACGCGACGGCGGUGGAGGGGGCGUUGAAGGUGAAGGAGGUGGCGCUGAUGCACAGCGAGGGCAUUCUGGCCGGCGAGAUGAAGCACGGCCCGCUCGCCCUCGUUGACGCCACCCUGCCUAUCAUCGUUGUUGCUACUCGUGAUAGCACGUGCAGCAAGCAGCAGUCAGUCAUCCAACAGUUGCAGGCCCGCAGCGGCCGAUUAAUGCCUUCUCCGCUCCUUUACGUGACUGGUCGUGUCGUUCCUACCAAACCGACUAUGGCGGCGGGUGAAGCGGGGCGAAAUUUCUUGAUCGCGGUGGACGAUUCGGAGGGCAGUCGCCACGCGUUACAAUUCGCGUGCGAAAAGGUCGUCGAAGACAACGAUAGGGUUACCAUCGUUCACGUCCGACCCCAUAUUGAAGAGGUGGACUUCUAUGCCGCCCAGACCUACAAGCAGGAGUUCGAGGCACAGUACCUUCGGGAUAGUCACACGCUGCUCGACAAGUACCAAAAACUUGCCAGAACCUACAAACCGUCGUUUAAGAACGAGUGGGUGACGAAGAGCACAUGUGGCGACGCGAGGGAGAGGAUUCUCGAGGCAGCGAGCGAAGUCGACCCUGAUGUGAUUGUUCUGGGAAGCCAUGGGCACGGCGCUAUAACGAGGGUGCUAUUGGGGAGUGUGAGCGACCACGUGGCACACGCUGCUAAUUGUGCGGUCAUGAUCGUCCCAACCCCCCGCCAAUCAAUUCCAUCCACUGUAGCUUCUGCCAUCCCUGGAAUGGAUGCACUAUCCAAAGUCGUCAACUCGGCUCACUAG